CAGGCUAAAUCCACGGCGGGCAAACGCGCUUUUCGGUCCAAAGUCUCUGCAACUGAAAAUUGAAUAUCCGACGCCGGAGCUCCAACCUUCUUCGUCAAUUCGGCCUCUUCUUCCUCCGUCCUCUCCUCGUCGGAGCUAGCCGGCAGCGGCGAUUGUUAUGCUCUCUCGUUCCGGGAGACACUGAGUGAAAGGGGAGAGAGCUAGUCAAGUUCGCGGUCGCCGCUCGGGAGGAGGAUUUCGUGAAUUCCGAGGCCGGAAUCAAUGGGCUGCUGCGUCAGCAAGAGCGCCGAUUCCAAGGCCAGCAGGAUCGCGCGGUGGCGAUCGACUGGCAUUGUUGCUCUCCGCGACUCCAAACUGAAGACAUUCCCGGAUGAAGUCCUGGACCUGGAGAGAUCUGUACGCACUCUUGAUUUAACACACAACAAGCUUGUUGAAAUUCCUUUUCAGAUUGGCAAACUUAUAAACAUGCAACGUUUGGUCUUAGCUGAUAACCUCAUCGAGCGUUUGCCAGUUAAUCUGGGGAAGCUUCAGUCCCUGAAAGUCAUGAUACUUGAUGGCAAUCGAGUAACUUCCUUGCCAGAUGAGUUGGGCCAGCUUGUCAGACUUGAGCGGUUAUCCAUCUCUGGGAAUAUGUUAACUAGCUUGCCUGAGACAAUUGGGAGCUUACGUAAUUUGUUACUCCUAAAUGUUUCAAGUAACAAACUGAAGUCUCUGCCAGAAUCAAUUGGGAGCUGCUUCUCUUUGGAAGAGCUGCAAGCAGAUGAUAAUUCAAUCGAGGAAAUUCCUUCAUCACUUUGCAAUCUGAUCAACCUAAAGUCCCUCUGCUUAAACGAUAACAAUGUGAAGCAGAUACCUUCUACGUUGUUGAAAGACUGCAAAGCUCUUCAAAAUAUUUCCUUGCAUAACAAUCCCAUAUCGAUGGAGCAAUUUCAGCAGAUGGAAGGAUUCCAAGAAUUUGAAGAGAGGAGAAAAAAGAAGUUUGACAAACAGAUUGAUUCGAAUGUGAUGAUCAGUUCAAGAGGCUUGGACGAAGGCGUCGACUUAUGACAGCAUAGACUGUAUAAGACACACACAUAAAUCGAAAAAAUUCUGGCGAUUGAACUGCAAGCAGGACAUUUUCCGAUCCCUGAAAAACUCCAGACUCCAGUCAACUAGAUUAGUAUUCAUGGUGAUUCCGACACUCCCGAUCGAAUAAUUUGUACUUUUGGCGUGAAUUUGAAUUGUUUGUAUAUAUCGGCGUGACGGUUAUAUUGCCACUAUUGCUGGCCUGUACAUGAAAUAGCAUUUUUCUUGUAAAAUCUAUUCGAAGGCAUGACAAUAAUAUCACAUAUAUCCUUCGCGCCUUUA